AUGUCACAAACACAGGUCGCGCGGCCAGACUCCAUUCAGGAGGAGGAUCCUCAUAACGAACCCCCGACCAAGAAACAAAAGAGUAGAAGACCUGCAAGUCCGUCUGCACCACUCAUUCUCCCUCACCAGCGUUUAAAAGCAUGGCAACCGAUUCUUACCCCUAAGACUGUCCUCCCUAUUCUCUUCGCCAUCGGUAUCAUCUUCGCUCCCAUAGGUGGUCUGUUGCUAUGGGCCAGUGCUAGUGUUCAAGAAUUGGUGAUCGAUUAUACGGACUGCGCUUCCACUGCAGGAGAGGAAUUUACUCCCAUUCCUUCUAGCAAGGUCUCAUCGUCCUUUAAGUCCUCCAAUAACACCGCUGUGCCACAAUGGCGGUUGACUCGAAACACCACCACCCCUCCAUACAGUGUCACCAUUCGCGACACUCCCGUUUGCACACUCCAGUUCUCGAUCCCGAACGACAUCGGUCCUCCUGUCUAUCUGUACUAUCGCCUGACCAACUUCUAUCAAAAUCAUCGCAGAUAUGUCAAGUCUCUAGACACCGAUCAGCUGAAAGGAAAUGCCUUGAGUAAUUCAAGCAUUGGGGGUAGCUCAUGCGACCCCAUUAAGCGGGAUGCCAAUGGGAAGGCUUACUAUCCUUGUGGAUUGAUUGCAAAUUCCCUUUUCAACGAUACACUCAACAGUCCUGUGGCUGUCAAUUUAGCUGGCGGUGCACCUGGCGAGGCUUAUCGAAUGACCAACAAAAGCAUCGCGUGGGGCAGUGACGCCGAACUCUACAAAAAGACAAAAUAUACCAAUGAUCAAGUCUCGCCUCCUCCAAAUUGGCAUGAGCGCUUUCCGGAUGGGUAUACGGAUGAAAAUCCCAUCCCUGAUCUGUCGACGUAUGAAGAAUUCCAGGUUUGGAUGAGAACCGCAGGUCUCCCCACUUUCAGCAAACUUGCUCUUCGCAACGAUGAAGAUACCAUGACCACCGGUAUCUACCAAAUGGAUAUCUAUGACUUCUUCCCCGUCAAGGUCUAUGAUGGUACCAAGAGUGUUUUGAUCUCUACCCGUACUGUUGUGGGUGGCAAGAAUUCGUUCUUGGGGAUCGCCUAUGUUGUGGUAGGAGGCAUUUGUGUUGUUCUUGGUGUCGUCUUCACUAUUGCACAUCUUAUUAAACCGAGGUUCGUACUCGAUUUUCUAGCAUUCAAGGUCGUGAAGCUCGACCUGGAACUGCUUGAAACCAAAAACAGCUUGCACGAACUCCUUUAUAACGUUGAUGAAGCAGGACAGGGUAUCGGCGCUGGCGUUUAUGGAAGAUUGGAAGAAAAUCGAGGCAAACGGCCGAAUGCCACGACCGUCUUCGUUCACACGACUUUCGCCGGCCUCACCCGCUAUAAAACCAUUCAUAGAUCCUGCGACGUCGACAAACCUUCAGAGGAGCUCAGACUUUCGCACCGCUACCUUCAAAAGAACGAACCACUGAAGAACGAGCUUUGGGACGCCCAAUCCGUUCAGCAACGCUACACGCGCUUUGUAGUCGACCAUAGCAAUCACGCCCAUGACAAACGUCAAACCCCAGCCAUGCCCCCAAUCUACACCAUCGACACGUAUAUCCACAUCGUCUCCGACACUGCAUCAUCCAACCCCCAAUCCCCAGACUACGUAACCGACACACAGAUCCAGAACCAACUCCGCUACCUAACCGCCGCCUACCGCAACUCCAGCAUCGGAUACCGCCUUGCGGGCAUCGACCGCACGACCAACGACACCUGGGCGGCCAACGGCGACGACCUAGGUAUGAAACGCAGCCUCCGCCGCGGCACCUACUCGGCCCUGAACAUCUACUAUCAAUCGCAGCUCCAAACCACAAGCGGGACCACCGGCGUGCCGACCGGCGCCUUGCUACUGGGCUCCUGCUCGCUACCGGCCGCGGGCGUGACACGCUCGACACUCCCCGACGCCUACGUCGUCGACGGCUGCAACAUCCUCAGCGGGACCCUGCCCGGCGGGAACAUCGGCGGGUAUAAUCUGGGCGGCACGACGGCGCACGAGGUCGGCCAUUGGAACGGUUUACUGCACACUUUCAACGGGUACACCUGCAGUUCCGCGGAUUUCGGCGAUUAUGUUGCGGACACGCCGCAGCAGGUGAGCAGUACCAGUGGUUGUCCAUCUAGCAGAGACACAUGUCCCAACAGCGGCGUGUCGGCCGGCAUAUACAACGGUGUUGGCGGCCCUAAUCCCUACGGGCCACAAGGGUACAGCGGGCCCGAUCCGAUCCAUAAUUUCAUGGACUACAGCACCGAUGUGUGCUAUGAGGGCUUCUCACCUGGACAGAGCGCGCGCAUGCUGAAUCUCUGGCGGAUUUAUCGUGAGGGUCUUUGA